GAAUGGUGUGUUCAGUUGUAUUUUGACCGUCGAUCCGUUGGCAUCACGCUGUGAAGAUUACUCGAAGUUUAAACGAGGGUGACUCUCCUAGUUAUUGUUGGAACAGACCUUGGAUGUCUGUAUGAGUGUGUCCGUUGUGAAAGAAAGGAACGACGUUCGUAAUUCCAGAGACGCACAAAGUUAUCCUCAUAGUUUUUUUUUUGUUGUAUAUUUGGUGAUACCAGGAAGAAAGAAGUGAUUUUGGUCGAUCCCAAAGGAAAAAACUAAAGUUUUUCUCGAAGCUGAGAAAUAAUUGGGAAACAAGGUAUUUUUUUUUCAAGUCAUCUGCUUUGUGUGUAGAGAAGAUAUCAAAUGUUGUGAGAGAGAACAACAAAAAUUUGUGUGAUCAUCAGAACGCGGAGCAUUUUGUGAAGAAAGAGAUUGGUGUGUGAGAGAAUUAUAUACAAAGUUUAAAAAAAAAGUGACACAGUGACUCUCUUUUUCCACAUAAUCUCUUACGAAAAAAAAGUCCAGGCAAUUGGAAAAACAUUUGAGCGUGGGGCGGGAGUCUGGAGUGAGAAGUGAUCAAAAUUGCAGCCAUUCAUCCCAGAAUGCUGAUGCCCGGGGCCCCAGAGGCUGACGCUGCUACACUGGCUGCCCUGGCGGCCAAUUCACAGGCGGCUGCUCUUGUGGCCUCAACUGCCCCUGGGGGUACGGGUCUGGCACCACCUGGGUCUGCUGUAGCAGCAGCUGCAGCUGCCCUAUCGGCGCCCAGUGUCCAACAGAAGGAUACCACAUGGACGAAACUUUUUGUCGGUGGCCUGCCCUAUCACACCACGGAUAAGAGCCUGCGGGAACACUUUUCCGUGUACGGAGAAAUUGAGGAAGCGGUCGUGAUCACGGACAGACAAACAAACAAAAGCAGAGGCUAUGGAUUUGUGAUAAUGGGUGAUCGAGGGAGUGCUGAGAGGGCGUGCAAAGAUCCAAAUCCCAUCAUUGAUGGGCGCAAGGCCAACGUGAACUUGGCCAUCCUGGGUGCCAAACCACGUGGCAAUCUAGCUCCAGGUGAGUUGUCCACUUCAUCAUACGGAGGAUUCCCCUUUGCUGCAGGACUUCGGACAGGAUAUCCGGUGCUACCAAAUCAAUUUGGGGUUCCACCAUCCUAUGUCUAUGGGACACCGUAUUUGGGAACGAGUGCCACGACAACAGGCUUGAUGCCACUUCCGGCAACACAGUUGUCUCAUGCGGCCGCAAUUGCAGCAGCUACUAGUCAGUUCUACGAAUACCAAAAUGCGGUUGCUGCUGCUGCCGCUGCACCCUAUCCGAGUCAGUACACGGGAUUUGAGACAUAUCCGUACUCUGGAGCUGCAGCAGCUAAUGCAGCUGCUGCUGGGUAUAUGCCCUACACUUAUGCCACAUUGCCACAAUCUGGAGCGGCUGCAGCCGCCGCAGCCGCUGGUGGAUUCCCAGGAUUGGCGCCGUAUCAGGGAGCCGGGCAGACGUCCCUGCAGGAGGCACGACUUCAAUGAUUUCUGGCCCCAAAACUCUUGGCGCCGCUCAAUAAUAAUGAAAUUUACCAAAAAAGCACUUGAAGAUGGGUCACCCUCUGACCUUUGUGGGAGGGUUCGGUGACUCAUGCAGACUCUGCCAACAAUUAAAACAAAAAAAUAAUAAAACUAUAUUUUGAAAAGAGAAAAAA